AUGCAGACCUCACAACCUUCGUUUACAAAGGUUGUGCUAACCAAAAAUUUCAAGACCGAUAUGUGCCGAGGAGAUUUAUCCAACUCUGAUUGCAACACAUGCAUCAAAAAAAUCCCUGAAAGAAUUGAGAAAGUAUGUGGUGGAGAUACAAUCGCCACCAGAGUUCAUCUGGAUGGCUGUUAUAUGAGGUAUGAAGUUGUUGGGUUCCCGACGGCGUCAGCAACGGAGCUGCUGUAUAAACAGUGCGCGUCGAAUCGGGCUAGUGGGUCUAGAUUUGAUGAGAGGUUGGAAUCGGCGUUGGUGCAGGUGGCGACGGUGGAGGCGCUGAGACAUUCAGCAACGACGCCAAGAGAGACGAUAGAGAUUUGCUUUGAUUUUUUUAGUAGUGUUGUGUGUAGGAAGGAGACGGAAAGAAUAGGGUUUCGAUUUUCUGAUGCCGGUUGUUGUGUGUAG